UGAAUGAGCAGUGAAACAUGUUGUCUUUGUCUUUUGCUACUUAGUAAUUGCCUACUUAUAUUGUUUGUCGUCGUUUCUAGCGGUUGACGUGAUUUCCAAUUUCACUUUUAGCUUUAAUUUUGUUAUGAAAGUUGCACUACAGUUAAAUAAUUAGUGUAAUUUCUAUCCAUAAAUAUAUAACGCAGUCCAGUAAUUUAAUUCAGUGAUAAAUUUCUAGGAUUACGAGUUGUUUUCACUAGUGGUUGGCUCUUUGUGUCCAUUGUUUAAUUAAAUAACGUAGUGAAUUCGAGCAAAAUGCCUAUUUUAUUUAGUGUGGUUGCUAGAGGCACAGUUGUUUUAGCCAAGUAUGCAACUUGUGCUGGAAACUUUACUGAAGUCACCGAACAGAUUUUAUCAAAAAUUCCACCACAUGAUGACAAAUUAACUUAUUCUCAUGGAAAUUAUCUCUUUCACUACAUUGCUGAGAAUAAAUUAGUUUAUUUCUGCAUUACCGAUGACAAAUUUCAAAGAUCCAGAGCGUUCCUAUUUCUCAAUGAAAUCAAAAGGAGGUUCACAUCAGUGUUUGGGGAUACUGCCCAGACAGCUAUACCAUACGCUAUGAACAGUGAAUUUGCAAGAGUACUGGCUACAGAAAUGAAACAUUACAGCGAGUCCAAAGAUUUAGAAACAAUUUCUCGUGUCCACGGAGAAUUGGACGAAUUGAAGAACAUCAUGGUUAAAAAUAUUGACAAUAUGGCGAUGCGUGGUGAGAAAUUGGAGCUUCUAGUUGACAAGGCUGACAAUUUAGCGACCAGCUCCAUCUCGUAUAGGGCUUCUGCGAGGACCUUACAACGUUCAUUGUUUUGGAAAAAUAUAAAAAUGUAUGUGAUUAUGGCAUUGAUUUUUGCGUUCGCGAUUUAUUUGAUUGGCGCGAUGGCCUGUGGCGGACUCGCGUGGAGAUCUUGUGUUGGUUAGGACAAACUCCAUUUUUCAUUAAAUUAUAACGAAUAUAUAGAAAUGAGAGUACCGAUUUUAUUGCCGUCUAACAACGUAUUAUGUAUAAUGUAUGUUUUGUUUUAAUUUUUAUUCAGCAAAAAUUCCUAAAAAGGUUAUUCCUCCAAUUGUUAAAACGCAAAAUUAUAUCAGUUGGUAGGUCAUAUUGAUGCAAUUAUUUCCUCAUUCCGGCUUAUCCUUUAUAUAAUAUUGAAAUAAACAAAUGACCAUUUAUUUACAUCUCAAAUUAACGCACGUUUUCACCAAACACCAUUUAAGAAACCACCGAAAUAUUCAAUUGACAUGUGGUUUGAUACCACCAGCUGUCCUUCAUAAGGUAUUUGGUGAAAUCAUGGCUUAGUAAAUACGUAUAUGCAAUAAAUAUUAUAUAGUUUUCGUCCAACUACUUGAUCGUUCUGAAGUAUGUGAUAGGUGGAAAUCAAAACGCAAUUUUCUAUAAGAAACAGUAUUCGUCUACAUACAGACUAUUCUGAACAGAUGUGCACACGGGUGCAAACGUGUGCGGACACGCUUAUAUCUAAGCGUUAUUCUAAAAUACUUCACAUAGUGAAAGGGGCCCAAGGGGCAGCUUGAGUUUAAAUUGACUUCAUAAUAGUCUGUAUGUUUGACGAAUACUGUAUUCCAUAGAACAUUUAAUCAUGAUAGUGAUGUUUUAAGAUGUUUAAUUUGAAACCUAUAAACACAAUGUUGUUCUAACGAUUUCAAAUCUAUGAAUUUAUUAUGUAAAUGCAUAAAUUUGAUUAAGUGAAUUAUCUCUUAAUCAAAUUUAUACAAUAUAUAAGUAUUAUUAUAAUUAUAUAAUAAUACUCUUAAAAACUUUAAAUAAAGAAAGAGAGAUGAUAUUUUUAUAAAACCUCCAGUGACCAUUCAAUUUAGGAUAUUUUAAUUUACUGAAUUAAAGUAGACAAGUUUUAGUACAUCCAGAAUCAACUGAUAUGUUAUAAAGUAUGACCAUCUUAAGACAUCACUGCUGUCUUCUAUAUUUUUAUUUAUUCAGAAUAUCCAACACAAAUAUCAUUGUUAUUUAUUUGUAUGUAGUUAAAUAAAUACAAAUAUAAUGACACUGUUAAUAUUUGACUUGUAAACUCAUAGAGAAUAUUAUACGAUAUUAAAUAUCAGAUAAAUAAUAAAUAAAUGAUUCCUUACAUACAACAUAUUAGUUUUAGAAUUGUAAUCAAUGAAUUCUUUGAAAUAUAAAUUUAAAAUUGUCAGAUUGAUUUUAUAUUUUUGUUUUAUUAUCAUAAAUAUAUAACAAUUCGGAAUAAAAGUUCCAUAAACUUUUAUUCCGAAUUGAUAUCUGUAAAUUGCAUUUAAAAUUUAUUUUUAUGUAGUAUUAUUUUUUAUAGUGUUAAAAACUAAAAUAUGGCAAUACUGGCACAUACAUACAUUAAGGGUCUAAUUAUAUAUGCAUUUGAUUGUUCUUAAAAUAAUUUUCCUCAUAAAACUUGCAGAUUCUUAAUCUAUAUCUAGUACCCAUUUCUUAUCAAUUUGCUGCUCUAACUUCUCUUCUAAUGUUGUAACUGUUUCUCUACACUUAAUGCAUGGAAUGGUACAACAAUGCACCACCUAAAUAAUUGUAGCAAUUUACUGAAUACGUGCCUACAAAGUUGAUUCUUGUAGUAUCUCAAUACAUUCUCCUUUUGUUUUAAAUUAACCUUAAUUGAUUGCCAAUUACUUAAGGAAAUUAAAAGAAAAAAAUUAUUUAUUGUCAAUGCAGUAAUUAAGUGUUGGCUGUGAAUAUUGGCGAAAAUUGGCGUUUAUCUGCCUAAAAACAUAACUAAUAUGAGAUAAGAAAUUGCCACAAAAAAAGAAUCCCGAACAUAUUUUAGUUUUAAGGGCUAUAAAUAUACAAGGUGUCAAUGAUUUUGGAUCAUUUACUUACCUAUUCUCCGUAUCUGUUAGUAUGUUUAAUAAAAAGAAUAAAAAUGCCAACAUAUGUGGA